AUGGCGACCCAUAUCACAGAUCUUCCUACGGAGAUAUUGCAUUUGAUCGCGUUCAAGUCGUCCGUGCUCGACGCCAGGGAUGUUGGCGCGCUCGCGGCUACGUGUCGGUCGAUCUCGGUGUCGCUCACCGGCGAUGACUUUGCUCGCGGCCAGCAUAUGUUGCUUGCGGGCGUCAAGACUUCCGCUCGGCUGGGCAACUGGCGAGCGCUGCGCCGACUGCUGCAUCAGGAGCUGCGUGGCGAGGGAGAGGACAAGAUGGUCGCCCGCUUCGCUGAGGAGCUGCGUGCCAUCAGUAACGCGCGUGCAAGCGGUCAAGACGCCGUUGACGCUGUGCUUGCCAAGCAGGCUGCGAGUCAGCUCAUCGCCGUCGAUGACAUCAACGAGCUCUACUUUCUCUGCUACGAAAUCAACGACUACGUUCCGCCGAUCUGGGGCUACCUCGUGGAGGGCGAUCCCGACCAGCGCUGGAUCGCCAACACCGUCUCGCGCAUUCGCGACGCGCUCUGCACAGACGACCUUGUCCGCGAUGCCAUCAUUGGCACUCAGGGCACAUAUACCACCUUUACCGCCCAUCUUGCCCUCCAGGCUGGCUCAAACAGGCUCGAUCCCUUCCUUGUCGUCCGCGAGUGGGAGGACUCGCAAUCGACCGAGUCUGACGAAGACACCGCCACGGCCUCGACCGCCACCCAAUCAGACUCUGCCUUUGACUGGGGCUUUUGA